AUGAGCCCUCGUCUAGACUACAAUGAAGGAUACGAUUCCGAAGACGAGGAGAUCCCCCGUUACGUACACCAUUCUAGAGGAAAGAGUCAUAGAUCCGUGAGGACGUCAGGUCGCUCACGCACGUUGGAUUACGACGGGGAUGAUGAAGCUAGUGACCACGCUGCCCCCUCCGGGAUUGAUCGGGACGCUCGAGCCUGUCCAACAUCUCGCAGAUAUACUGAUGACUGCCUUGAGACACAUAAAUUUCGAGGUGCCCGCUCCUCUCGCUCCCGUGGACGAACCGAUGAUAACAAGGUUUUGUACUACACCAAGUAUCGCAGCCCGGCUAAGGACUUGCCUAUCGAGCGUGAUCCCGAGGGUAUUAAUUUAUUCAAGGUCCGACAGCACACACGGCCAAGUGACGCUCAUGUGCCCAGUGGAUACCGUGAGCCCUACGAAGUCAAGGUCGACGAGUAUGAGGAUGAUCAUCCCCGUACAUGCACUAGCCGCCGUGACUCUAGACAGCCGAAAGUCUACAAGGUCCGGGUUGAUGAGUACGAGGAUAACCUCCCUGCACGCUCUCACACUGACUUUCGCGAGUCUCCACGGUCUGAAAGAUGCUCUAGCCGCUACACCGAGGACUCGAAGCCUGGGGAGCUUCCUCCCCGCUCAGGGCCCUGUCGGUCCAGCAGGCCUUCUCCGGUCGAUGAGGACGUCGAGUAUGAGAUCCGUGAGCCCCGAGGGCAUCGCUCCAGUCGACACUCUACAGAUGUUGACUUUCAGCCAGUAGAACAACAUCCUCGCUUUGGACAACGUGGACUCAGCAGACCUUCGCGGGUUGAUGAGGAAGUCGAUUAUGAGAUCCGUGAGCCCCGUGGCAAUCGUGUCAGUCACGCUGCUCAUGGUGACAGCCCCUGUCAGGACCAAAGCUCCAGGCAUAUCGGCAUUCAAUUGUGGACUGGUGUUCCUGUUUUAUCUAGGCAAUUGACCCACGCCAUCUCGACUCCUGUCAACAUGUUCCGUACAGUCGAAGACCGCCCGACCCCAAAAGAGGUAUAUAACUGGCGGCUGUACACCGAGGCCACCAUCAUUGCCACUGGUACACUCUUGUUCGGCUAUGACUCGGCUUUUGUGGGAACUACCAUUGCCCGCCAAAGCUUCGUUGAUGCCUUCAACAUCGUCGAGUCGGAGGCGGCGGAUAUUUCAAGCAAUAUCACGUCAACCUUUCAGGCCGGCGCAUUUUUCGGCGCCAUCUUCUGCUUCUUGCCUGAAGCAGAUGCUGGACGAGCUCUCACCGGCAUCGCAUGCGGCGCUAUCACCGCGACCGUCCCCAGCUAUAUUGCCGAGCUGUCAAUCGUGUCGAUCCGGGGCUUCCUCACCGGGUUCUUCGAAGUCGCAUACCAGAUUGGUAGCUUGGUUGGAUUCUGGAUCAACUAUGGCAUUAACGAGAACAUGGACAACUCCUCGGCCGCAAGCUGGAGAGUGCCUAUGGCAGUCCAGAUCAUCCCCGCAGGAGUCCUUUUCAUUGGUGGCUUUUCCUCCAUGAGAGAAGACAUCGAGAUGAACCGCACCAGGCUGCUGGAGGAAGCUCGGAUCGCCGAGAAGUACGGACAAGGUUGGUUGGCAUAUAUCCGAGGCGCACUCUUCGAGCUCUCGCGCCAUGGGAUGUGGAAUCGUGUUCUGCUCGUCCUCUGUGCCUUUGCACUGCAGAAUAUGUCGGGAGCUGCUGCUAUCAACUACUAUUCCCCCAUACUCUUUGCGUCGUUGGGGAUCACUGAUGUCGCUCUGUAUACAGGUAUUUAUGGCCUGGUAAAAGCCGUCGCAUCAAUUAUAUUCUACGGCAUUCUCAUUGAUAUGUGGGGCCGCCGACGUCCGACCAUUGUUUCGUCACUGGCCUGCCCUCUAUGUCUCUGGUUUGUGGGUGCAUACGUCAAAGUUGGGCAUCCAGCCGAUAUCAUAGACGCCGGCGGGGAAUUGUCCCCCUCCACGGAGGCUGGUGGUAGAGCGGCGACUGCGAUGAUUAUGAUCUACUCCGUCUUUUGGUCUUUUGGUCUCAACGGUAUCCCCUGGAUUGUCUCCGCCGAAAUCUUCCCCGGCGCGCUGCGAAAUCUCACGGGGACAUGGGCUGCGCUGGUGCAAUGGUUGAUCCAAUUCGUUAUCACCAAAGCUCUCCCGUACAUCUUCAAUAGCCUUGGGUACGGGACGUGGUUCUUCUUCGCCUCCUGGAUGCUGCUCGCUAUCAUUUGGUCAUUCUUUUUUCUCCCGGAAACCAAGGGGAAGACUCUCGAUGAAAUGCAUACGAUCUUUCUUUCAAAAGACGGCACUCACACAAUCACACUUCGAUGA